UCAAAAAGCACAGCAUCUCUUCCAAUGCAAAGGCUCCCGGAAUCACGGGACCGCUGUAACAAUCGCUGUCUCGGAGCACUGGAGCCGAUGGUGGGCACCAUGACCACCUAGCAGGACUGAGAUGCUAAGGAUUCCGAUAGAUUCACCUCAAGUCAGUGUGUAAAAUCAGCUUUGAAUAACCGUGACAAUCUGAAAAUAGUAAUAAAUGUCAGGAGAGUGCUGGUUAGACACAUAGAGGAUAAAAACAAAUCGUGGACGCGAAUUAAUCUUCUAUGCUGGGAUGGGAAAGACAAGCUGUCGUUUGCUAACAGCAAUUUCAAAGGGACAAAUUCAGCUAGACUUAAUUUACGUAACCUACACUUUGCGUAAAUCGAGCGGCGCACGUACGCAGUUCUUCAUUUCAACCGUUUUUUUAUUAAUGUUUCCGAUGUCAGUAGAAACGGUGAAUUAUUUACAGCUGUUCUCGGAAAACGGAGAAUAUAUUAUCUUUCAGAGUGUCUGCAUAUAAGAAAAUGCAGCUCAUGCUGAUGGAAUUGCCCUGACAAAAACCGAAAGAAACGAGGAAAUACCCAGAUAUCCUUAUAAAUUAACCGCGGAUUUCUGCCUGCUGGUCAUACCCAGGCUCAACGAUCAUCUGCGUGGCAAUUUUGACUGACCUGAUGAGGACAACUGAGGGAGAUGGAACGUAACAGACUAUUCAACUUCACUAUUUGCCUCAUUUCAAAGAUAACCCACUUGUGCUGAGCACGACUAUAGCCGCUCGUCCACCCCAACCUUUUCACAGCCCCCAUUCCUGUCCUCCCAUCUUGUUCCCUCCUCUGAAUCAAACAGUUUCACUUGUUUGUCCUCUAUGUUUUAAUUUACUUUACCCUUCACCUGUGACGAAACACAAAGGAGGUUAACCGGUGAAGUAAAUAAGGAAAGAGAAAGAGACAUGUAUCUCACCUAUUCUUGUAAACGUGACUGGGGCCAUGCCCGCAAUUCAGAAAUUACCCACACGCUCUUCAUUUUCUGGUUGACACUUUGGAUCACAGUGGCCUCAUGCCAACGCAUCGAUCCUGGUACGAAGUAUCCCACUGUGACAACGAACUACGGCAAGUUGCGUGGGAUCAAAAAAGAGCUCAACAACGAGAUUCUGGGUCCAGUAGAGCAGUACCUGGGUGUCCCAUACGCCACAGCGCCGAUCGGAGACCGCCGCUUCCAGCCACCUGAAGCUCCUGGGUCCUGGCAGGAAGUGCGUAACGCCACGCAGUUCUCCCCUGUGUGUCCGCAGAACUUGCAUGGUGUUUUGCCUGAGAUUAUGCUGCCCGUUUGGUUUACCGACAGUUUGGACGUAGCCGCCACCUACAUCCAGAAUCAGAGUGAAGACUGUCUGUACCUCAACAUCUAUGUUCCCACAGAAGACGGUCCACUCACAAAAAAACAUGAUGAAUCAACACUGAACCGGCCACGAGAUGAAGACAUCCGUGACCGAAGGAAGAAACCUGUCAUGCUGUUCAUUCACGGUGGCUCUUAUAUGGAAGGAACUGGAAACAUGUUUGAUGCCAGCGUGCUUUCUGCAUACGGCAAUGUCAUUGUAGUCACCAUGAACUACAGACUGGGGGUUCUGGGUUUCCUCAGCACAGGAGAUCAGUCUGCUAAAGGUAACUAUGGCCUGUUGGAUCAAAUCCAGGCCCUGCGCUGGCUAAAUGAGAAUAUUGGACACUUUGGUGGCGACCCUGAGCGGAUCACUAUCUUUGGCUCUGGUGCUGGAGCAUCUUGUGUCAACCUGCUAAUCCUGUCACACCACUCUGAGGGGCUGUUUCAGAGAGCCAUUGCUCAGAGUGGAUCAGCCAUCUCUAGCUGGUCCAUCAAUUACCAGCCCUUGAAAUACACCAAGAUUCUGGCACGUAAAGUGGGAUGUACAUAUGGGGAGACCCCAGACCUGGUGGACUGUCUCCGCCGAAAAAACUUUAGAGAGCUGGUGGAUCAAGACAUCCAACCAGCCCGCUAUCAUAUUGCAUUUGGACCUGUUGUGGAUGGAGAUGUUGUGCCAGAUGACCCUGAGAUCUUGAUGCAGCAGGGGGAGUUCUUGAACUACGACCUUUUGAUUGGUGUUAAUCAAGGUGAGGGACUAAAGUUUGUGGAUGAUGGGGGCACUGAGAGUGAGGAGGGAAUUUCAGCGGCAGCCUUUGACUACACCAUCUCCAACUUUGUAGACAACCUCUAUGGAUACCCUGAAGGUAAAGACAUUUUGAGAGAGACUAUUAAGUUCAUGUACACAGACUGGGCAGACCGAGACAACGGCGAUAUGCGGCGGAAGACUCUUCUCGCACUAUUCACUGAUCAUCAAUGGGUGGCGCCAGCCAUCGCUACUGCCAAGCUUCAUGCUGAGUACCAGUCUCCCGUCUACUUCUAUACAUUCUACCACCACUGCCAAACAGAGACAAGACCCGAAUGGGCUGAUGCGGCACACGGGGAUGAGAUUCCGUAUGUGUUUGGGGUGCCCAUGAUCGGUGCUACAGAUCUUUUCCCUUGCAACUUUUCCAAAAAUGAUGUCAUGCUUAGUGCUGUAGUCAUGACAUACUGGACCAACUUUGCUAAGACCGGGGAUCCCAACUUACCUGUUCCUCAGGACACCAAGUUCAUUCACACCAAGCCCAAUCGCUUUGAGGAGGUGAUCUGGACCAAGUUCAACUCUAAAGACAAGCAGUAUCUCCACAUCGGCCUUAAACCUCGUAUCCGUGACAACUACCGUGCUAACAAGGUUGCCUUCUGGCUGGAAUUGGUUCCACACCUCCACAAUCUCCACGAGGAGCUCCUGAGCUCCACCACAACUCGGUUGCCUCCGGGGGCUGCCCGUACUCCACACUGGAAGGGCCUGGUACCUCGUACGACACGCCAUCCCUUUCCUACAUUCCCUUCAGAACCAGAUCCAGACGGUUCAGAGCCUCCCAGAUUUUCACCCUUCCCAAACGACAUCCGGGACUACUCCACUGAAUUGAGCGUGACGGUAGCUGUUGGUGCCUCUCUGCUCUUCCUCAACAUCCUUGCCUUUGCGGCACUUUACUACAAACGGGAUAAACGUCAUGAGAUGCGACGGCACCGACUCUCCCCGCAGCGUGGCGUGGCCGCCAAUGAUUUAGCACACAGCCAAGAAGAGGAGAUUAUGUCACUGCAAAUGAAGCAUUCGGAGCAUGACGCGCAUCAUGACAUGGAGCCAUUGCGGCCACAUGAUAUUUUACGACCUGCGUGCCCACCCGACUACACGUUGGCCCUAAGACGGGCGCCUGACGAUGUUCUGCUUAUGACCCCUAAUACCAUUACCAUGAUUCCUAGUACCAUCACCGGCAUGCAAUCCCUUCAUGCUUUCAACACCUUCCCCACAACCACUGGCCACAACAACACCUUGCCCCACCCUCACUCUACCACCCGUGUAUAGUACCGGCCCGAAACAAUUGCAUAUCCAGAUUUCGCUAUCUGUCCAAACUUUGAACAAGUGUAUUCUGUUCUCUGCCGUCGUAACAGACAAAUAUCAGAGGACUGCUAUGCGUUGUGCACACUUAUAGAGGUGUGUUUGUUGACUCUACAGUAAGCAUCAGCAAGCAGUGACAAGUCAUUUGUCUUUUACUGGAUUUCAAGUUGCUGUUUGUUUAUCCACAAUGCCCUUAAAUAGACAGGGAUAUUUCUGAAGUAGUGACUGGUUGAUGAGUGACAAAUAAUCCGAUAUAAGGGGAAAUAAUACAAUUUUUCCCCACUUCUCUUACUGAAGUGGCAGAGUGCAGAUAUCAUGUUUUCCAUAUACUUUCAUUGGCUUUUAUCCGUCUUUGUUAUUCCAUCACAGUGCUGUCACUACCAAAUCAUGCGUCUCUCCUGUGAGCACUGUUUGAAUGUGAUCUGUAAUCUUGAAUUAUGUCGUACAUGAGUUGUAGGGGCAUUCGCUAAGAACAAAAUGUUGUGUUUACCUGCAGUCUUGUGUCAAGUAUUCAAUUAUACCUUGUAACAACAGAUACAGAGAAUGAGAAAACAUGAUAAAGUCUGACAGGAGACAAAACAAAAGUGCCAACCUACUCUCUCUUUCUCUCUCUAUCUCUCUUUCUCAAAUGUUUUUAUGACAUUACAUCACACGUAUUUGAUUUACCUGUGUGUUAUUUCGUAGGCUGAUUUUUGUAUGUACAGAUAUAUAGACAAAUAUAUAAAGAAUGAUAUAUAUUUACAUGGAUUUCUCAGUGGGAUCUAUGCAUGAAAUAUUUUUAAAGCAACAAAUACACUGAGCUGAAAACCCUUAAA